AUAUUCUUACAUUACAUACCAUUAAAACCAUACAAAUUAAAUCUUUGAUUAUAUCUUUUCAAGAAAACAAAAAAAAUGGUUAAUGAUGUCUCUUAUAAGUCCCUUCCAUCAUCUCCAUGCAAGUACAGAGCCAACACCAGAAACACCAUUGUGGAGCCCACUCCGGCGGGGAAGAAGCUGAAGUUGUUCGGCGUCGAGCUCGACACCCCCGCCUUCGGAUCGAAGGCGGAGACGGUGGGCCCACUACGUCAAGAAGACUUCUCGUCGUCGUCUUCCACCGUCUCGACGUCCGACAGGGAGAAACCGUCCCAGUCUUCUUCCUCGGAAAACGACAAUAACAACAACAACAACAACAACAGUAACAGGAGAUUUGAAUGCCAAUAUUGUUGCAAAGAGUUUGGGAACUCUCAAGCUUUGGGAGGCCAUCAAAACGCCCACAAGAAGGAGAGGAUAAUAAUGAAGAAGAAGAAGAGUCUCAUGAUGAACUGCUACUAUCUCCAACAGCCGCCCGCGGCGGCGCUCCAGAAUAAUUACGCCGCCGUCGCGGGUCCCUACGGUUACGACGUCGUAACUUCCCCGCCACCGGGGGCUUCGUGGCAAAUCCGGUUCGGGGCCCACGAUAUGUUUCGCCGGAAUUCGUCUCCGGCCUUCACGCUCUCCGGGAAGAACUGGCCGGAGAUUCACCCGGCGAAACUCACGUCCUCAUCGUCGCCGGAGGUAUUAUUGCCGCGGCCGGAAACGACGAUGAACAUGAUGAAUGAUUGUUAUCGUCCGGCGGCGGCGAAAGGGCCAACAUGUGCUACUUUGAAUAAUAAUAAUAAUAAUAAUAAUAAUAAUAAUAAUAAUAAUAAUAAACCAAGUAGUAAAUCUUUAGAUUUGGAGCUAGGAUUGAGUUUGUUGGAUUGAUUGACGGGGUCUUCAUUAAAACAAAUUCCAUACAUUUGUUGUACUUAAUUUUUGGUGUACAAUAUACAUAAAAUAAAAUUUUACUCUCUCU